GCCAACAACUGCUUUCUAGGGGUCACCGGAGGCUGUCGGUCAUUUGAGGGCUGCAGUUUUGAUGUCUUUCCCAGCUCAGUAAAUCAACAUGAAGCCCCUAACGCCAGCUGGAUCCCCGUCUCCUCUGAGGCUCCUCAACAAAGGUCCAGACUACCUGCGCCGGCAGAUCGACGGCGGAGGCUACGGACGCUCAAUCAGCGCCGUGGAGAGGCUUGAGGCGGACAAAGCCAAAUAUGUUAAGAGCCAGCAGGUGAUCAACACCAAGCAGGAGCCUGUGCUGGUGCCAUGUGCUACCCCACCACCGCAGCCCCGGCGAGCUAUAUCCGUUCCCGGCAGCUUGACGCCUCGUCUUCCCCCGCGGCGUUCAUCCAACACCCCCUUCUCUACGCUCUCUGGCUCGUUCACCUCAAGGGAUGAGAAUGAAAAUGACGACUCCAGGAAGGAGAACCGACGGACCUCGGUGGACGUUGAGGCGCAUAACAGGAGCAAUGCGAACAAUGUACUGCCCCCUAACCCCAGGACUCCCGGCAACAACGCCUUGGUAGCUCCACACAGCCCAGUGCUCAGGAGAAGCACGGGCAAACGCAUGUUGAGGCCGGACUCCCUCCUCAUCUACAGGCAGAAGAAAGAGUGCAAGAGUCCCAACGGUGCAGCGGUGGGAGAGAACAAUAACACGGAGGUGAGGGGCUACAGUUUUGUCCGCCGCCUCUUUCAGGGCUCCAUGAGGGAGAAGGGAAGCGAAGGCCGAAUCCAGAAGAUGGUUAUCGGUGAAGAGAAAGCGCUUUCACGGGAUGGAGACUCACGCAUGUCUUGGACCAAUGAAAAAGACACCACGGAUGGGGGACCGGGAAGCAGGAGGUCCAGUAAAACCGAUCCAGAACGCAGCCCAGGGUCUAUCUCCAGCCCUGGGUUCAGCUGUUCGCUUGAACGGACUAAGAACGGAUUUACAAAUGGUACCGGUGAUGGUAUCACCAAUGGCAACCAUGAUGAUGAGAAUGACCCAUGGAGGCGGGCCUCACCACCACCAGUACCCAGAAGGAAGUUUGGGGAGUUGCGGCGCUCCAAGUCAGACCUGCGUCUGCGCUGCUCGGUAGCGUUAUCGGAGCAGGAGAAUUUCUUUGACUUCUGCGGGUUGGACAUGGACAUGAUAGAUCGUCUGGGUCGAGCGAAUUUCCUCUCCGGCGCCAGCUCCAUAGACACACUCUCAUUGGCCCUCCGCAGUGUCAACGGGGACGGCUGCUCGGAGCCCAGCGAGUUCUCCCAGCACUCGGGAGAGGGCCUGGAAGAGCUCGCCGAGCAGCUCCCCACCGGUGUGUCGAUCAUUGAGAGGAACGCUCGCGUCAUCAAGUGGCUUUACGGGUGUAAGAACGCUGCUCGAGAGGGACCCAAAGAGUCUACUGUUUGAUGUAGGGACAAGGAACCAUGUGCCGUGGAGUGCAGAGAGUCUGAAAGUGGUCUUUCCAACAAAACAAAUAGCUAUUUUUUGAGCAGCAAUGCAAGUCAGAUCAGCAAAAUAUGAUUUUUCUCUAAAUUUAAAAGGAAUUUCACUGACUAUUUAGAGUUAGCGCUCCAUGGCACAGGAUUACCUUUUGUCUCUUGCUCUCCCCGACUCCAAAGAGACUAUUUCUUCAAAUGAGAGGGCGACAACUGCUACGAGUUAUCUCAUGUGAAAUUGUUAAAUUGUAUUUAUAGAUCUAUUGUGUGGGUAUAGACAGAACUUACUGAUGAAUGGAACCAUUUCCCCCAGCAUAAUGUUAUAUUAUGUUCAGUGUGUGUGUGUGUUUUGUGUGUGUGGAGCAGACAUUGUCCUCUCCAUUUGUAGCUUCUUUUCAGUUAUUGACAGAACUGAUCUGAAAUCAGCCCCAGUGACCCAUCCAUCACAAGGCACAUAUGUGUAUGUUGGUCAUGACACAGUGGACACAGUUAGUGUCCCUGACACCAACACUCUCCCGUAAUGAUUUCAUUAAAAUGGAAAACCACUAAGCUAUGUAUUUUUUCUAAACUGGAAAUCUGUUGUGUGAGUGUGAAGUGAACCGUGAGUACCUCAUUCGGAUCUGUCCCAGUUUAGUUUGUGUGUUGCCUUUUUUCUUUUUUCUUUUUUUUUUUUACUACUUGAACGCAGGCGUUGGAACAAACAUGCGAUGCACCCCUGUGGGGUUGUUAAUGCACUGAACUGGACAGAGAGAGAGGAAAUGAAAAGAUAGACAUACUGCUUGGACUAUUUGCAGAGAUUCAUCUCAUAUAAUGUUAAAUACUGAGCUGGAUUCAGAGCAGCAUCUGCAUCGUGGAGGACAAGGAGCCAGGCCUGGCCAGUAAUUUUUCAUCAUUUUAAUCUAAUUUUCUAAACCCUAAGCAGGGUUAGAUUCUCACACAGUAUAAACACUGUCCAAUAAUCACUUGUGACACAGUCAUUGAUUACCACAGCUAAUGCUUUAUGCGUGUUCAGUGCUCAUAGGUUUGUCAGCUAUAUGGUUGCAAGAAGAUCAACCGGGAAAUAUUCCUGUCAGAGAAAAACUGGACUUUUUCAAGCGAAUACAAGCACAGUGAGAAUUUAAAAGUCACAUAAGAAGUUUAAAAAACUACUACAAUUUCAUAACAAUUAUAUAUAUUCACCUUUAAAAGUUAAAAGAGCUCAAGUUGUCAAACCCUUUACGGCUAAAUGUUUUUAGGAUGUCACUUUUACCAUCUGUCAGUUUGCAGACGUUUAAUCUUCCCAGAUGACACGGUCAGCCGUUUCCCAUCAAAACAAGCAGGGGAGGUUGAAGCCUCCUCUCUCUGAUAACUACAGAUCCUACCUCACUUCUUCCAUCCUUCAGUGAUUUUUUUUACUUUAUCUCCAUGAAAGGAUGCCACUGAAAUAUGAACUAGGGGUCUUCCGAGGAAUGCAGAGGUUAGACUGGGAGGCGUUCUGGGGUAAAGAUUACUGAACUCUAGGGCACCAUUUAUGUGUACAUGUGAUAAAUGAACACAAUUACAAUACUUGCAGCUUUGAUAUGAUUUAUUUUCUGUAUUCGUCAUCAGCAUGGAACACUCCUUCAAUCUGUUCAACCUGGACCUUUUUUUUUUUUUUCUUAUAUGUCCCUGUUUAAACCCAUUUGGUUGCAUGUUUACAAAGUGGCUCCAUGAAAUUCUGAAUCUCUUUUUUUUAUUUGAUUUAUAUAUAAAUAUAUAUAUAUAUGAGAGAUUUAGUUUUUAU